AUGAGAAGAAACAAACAGAAUCAAAAAACCAUUCCUUUCAUUCAAGAAAGUAAAUCAUUGAAUGAACUUCAACAAGAAUAUAAAGGAAAUGUUUGGAUUCGAAAAAAUUUAGAAUUGAUCAUUGAAGAUGUCCAAUCGCAGUGGGAACUUGCUCUAUGUAAUUGGAAAGAUUAUUUAUUGGAGAUACAUUCAAGAAGAAGGAAGGAACAAGUUUCUUCUUCUUCCAUGGAUGAAAAGGAACCAAAAAAAGAAACUAUUGUUGAAAUGAGUUCAAAUUUGGAAUGA